CUUAAAAAAAAAAAAAAAAUUCCCAAUCGUGUGUGCAUCUCGAAAAUAUCUGAGCUUUUCAAAGUUUCCUAAUUGAUCGAAGCAGAGAGAUCGGGUAGUUGAGGUUGAAAGAUAACGCCCAAUGGACGAGGUGAUGACAGUGGCGGACGCCGGCGGAAACAGGAACGGAUCUCCUUCGUCGCAGAAUCUGCUUCCUCACAAUCUUCCCAUCCUAUCCGCUUUUCUCGCAUUCGCUCUCGCUCAGUUCCUCAAAGUCUUCACUAAUUGGUACAAAGAAAAGAGAUGGGACUCUAAAAAGAUGAUUAGUUCUGGUGGGAUGCCUUCCUCUCACUCUGCUACUGUCACUGCCUUAGCUCUUGCCAUUGGCCUUGAAGAGGGUGCUGGAUCACCUGCUUUUGCCAUCGCUCUUGUCUUGGCCUGCGUUGUAAUGUAUGAUGCCUCUGGGGUCAGGCUUCAUGCUGGUCGUCAAGCUGAGCUGCUGAAUCAAAUUGUUUGUGAGUUUCCGUCAGAGCAUCCGUUAUCCACAGUUAAACCCUUGCGUGAACUGCUUGGACACACUCCGAUCCAGGUUGCAGCAGGUGCUGUUUUAGGAUGCGUGGUAGCUUAUUUGAUGAGGAGUACACGCUAGUUGCUACACAACAACGGAUCCAAAAAUUCUUUUGAAAUCGUAGACCCUUCAGAAACUAUGUAAGAUUCAUCAGCUGAAGUUAGAUUAUCGGAAGUAUAUGGAAAAUUGUUUAAAUCUGUGUAAUAUAUAGAUCAUAGCUAAGAUACUUGUUACUACGUGAAGUGAACUGACUUGUAGUAGUCUAUUACUCUAUUUUCUUUUCCUAACUAUUACCUUGUUUUGUGUGUUUUAAUUGUCUUUACCAUUAUAUUGAGUAUUGGUAGAAAGUAUCAGAAGGUAUUGAUCCUUAUGAGUCAGCCUAACAGUUCUUUAACCAAG